AUGUGUACGGAGAAGUUGGGCAUCUUUGACUGCGGCUGUGUCGAGAUGACCGAGAUCCUCUUCUGUGAUUGGAUCGUCGAUAAAACGACGGUUAGUGCAGCGCAUCCUAAAAACGCACCAGCGGCACCGCAACUCCAGCGCGAACUGGUGCCAACGCUCUGCCGCCACUGCGAGAAGAGGAUGGAGAGCCCCGAGGGGGCGCUGGCCGUGAAGGCGAUGGUGGCGACACGGCGCGCGGCUGUGCGGCGGGCAAGAUCGAGAUGGCGAGCGGCCGCGGGUUCCGCUGCCCAGGCAGUACCGGUACCCACGACAAAGGAUAUCCUUUUCAGGCUGGCGAUGGCAGACUGGAAUACCGAUGAGGUGGAACAGGUAGAGGCCGAUCUCCAGAGGCUUGCGGGCAGGACGGCAUGGGCUGAGGAAGACCAGCAUUGGGAAAGGUCGUCUGCAUCGCAGAGCUCACUGCCGCUUCGUGCGUUGGCGGCUGCGACUUCUGCUCUGGCUCCUGCAUCACCGCUUCCUCCGCGGCUACUGCGCGUCUAUGAAGUGUUCGAGGCGCUUUCUUCCUCGGGUGCCCCCUUUGCCGAUUGGGAGCUCAGGCUCCCCCCGGGUCCGUUUUUCACGGCCGGAAACAGGGCACGACUCUGGCAGAUCUUGAUGGCCCACGCGGACCGGGGAAGCGACGGUUUACCCCGACCACGGCGUCAUCCACGUCAUCUCCGUCUUCCUCCUCCUCCUCCUCCUCCUCCUCCUCCUAUUCUUCCUCCUCCUCCGCCCCCAACCUUCCCAUGGGGAGCACUCCGUGCCGAAACCCCUCGUCCAUUCCCCAUCCAGGUCCACGAGAUUCUCGAGGCACUUCCCGCCGAGGGCAUCGCUGUGCUUGAUUUCGGGAUCCUCUUCGAAUCGCGUCUGUUGGAAAGUGAGCUGGACGAGUUCAUGCGGCUGAUGAGCGAACACGCGGUUUACGGCCUCGAUGGCUUACUCCGACCGAAGAGGCCACGAGAUUGA